AUGUAUGAUAAAAAGGCGCGGUCAAAAAGCUCGCGGAAUUACAAGAAGUCCACAGCAUGCGAUGAAGGGGUGGCCGUAUGUUGCCUGCUCCAUUUGCCCCGAGCAGGUGUAGAGAGUACAAAAUGCGGCAUCCACGCUCAGGUGGUGUACGGCCUGCGUGUUGACGUGUUCAGACAGGGCCUCGCUGUACGCUGGUGGUACCCUCCUGGGAUGGAAAAAUAUGAGAUUAUGGGGCCUCCCCCCAGACGCCCUCUCCCCAUUCCUCAAUGGGGAGAGGGCGUCCGGGACUCACAGACCAAACGAAACGCGACAGUA